GCGCUGGCUUCACGGUACCAGUGAAGCUAGCUAGUAAGCAAUGUCGUAGUAACACUUGGAUAGCAUACCGCUAGCAUAGCGAUCGAUGCUGCAAUGGAUGUCCCAGGACCAGAUAGUGACUGGAGAAGCCCUGCUUUCCGACAGAAAGUUGUGGCACAAAUCGAUGAGGCAAUGAGAAAGGCUGGAACUGCGCACACAAAGUCCAGCAAUGAGAUGGAGAACCAUGUUUACCUAAAAGCCAAAUCGAGAGAAGAAUAUUUGUCUCUGGUGGCAAGGCUGAUCAUACACUUCAGAGACAUACAUAAAAAGGCACAGGGAGGUCCAGAUCCAAUGAAUGCCCUGACUAACCUGACUGGGCUCGGAGGGGGUCCAGCUGGCAUUGGCAUGGGACCUCGCCCGACUGGGGUGCCCAUGAGUGGCAUGGGGGCCAUGGGGCAGAUGCAGAUGGGGCAGCAUGCCAUGGCAGGAGUGGCUGUCAACCCUCAAGCCAGAGGCCCAGGGCAGAUACAGCAGAUGCAGCAGAUGGCCCAACAGCAGGCCCAACAGCAACAACAGUCCAUCCAGUUCCAGCAGUUCCAGGCACAGCAACAACAGUCGGCCAUGCAGCAGCAGCAGCAGCAGCAACAGAAUAGCAUGCAGCAACAGCAGCAGUCGGCCAUGCAGCAGCAGACCAUCCAACAGCAGUUCCAGGUGCAGCAGCAGCAGCAACUGAAGCUUCAGCAGUUACAGCAGCAGCAGCAACAACAUCAUCAGAACCAGCAACUCCAGAACCAGCAGCAGCAGGCUCAGAACCAGCAACAACAGAACCAGAUGCACCCAGCAAGGAUGCAGCAACAACAGCAGAUAGCUCAGCUCCAACAACUCCAACAGCAGCAUGCCCAGGCUCAAGCCCAGGCCCAAGCCCAGGCCCAAGCGCAGGCUCAAGCACAAGCCCAGGCCCAAGCCCAGGCCCAAGCGCAGGCCCAAGCGCAGGCCCAAGCCCAUUCCAUCCAGCAAAUGGUCCAACAGCAGCAGCAGCAGCAGCAGGUUCAGGCCCAGUCCCAGCCUCAAGCGGGCCAGAUGCCCCCCCACGCCCAGCAGCAGCAGCAGCAGGGCAUGGUGCCCCAGUCCCUGGCUGGCCAGCUGCCCCCCGCCCAGCAUGUCCCCAUCGGCACCUUGCAGCAGCAGCAGCAGCAGCAGCAGCUCAAGAUCCAAGCUUUGCAGGUUAGAGCAGCAUUGCAGCAGCAGCAGCAGGCACAACAGGCUCAGCAGGCAGCACAGGCCCAGCAGGCAGCACAGCAGGCAGCCGCCCAGGCCCAGCUAGCUGCAGCAGCAGCACCCGGCCAGAUGAUGACGCGCCCUGGGAUGCAAAUUCCACCUCGGUUGCCCCGCGCGGCCCCGAUCCCCGCCAUACCCCCCAACUCUGCUGCCAUGGGAGGACAGCAAAUGCCACAGGUUCCGCCCCACCAAAUGAUGUCAUCGCCCUCCCCAGUGCAGGUGCAGACACCUCAGUCGAUGCCCCCCCCUCCCCAGCCCUCACCCCAGCCCCCGACCUCCCAGCCCAACUCAGUCAGUUCUGGCCCCGCCCCCUCGCCGGGGGGCUUCCAACCCAGCCCCUCCCCCCAGCCCUCUCAGAGCCCAGCCACGGCACGCACCCCCCAGAACUAUGGGGUUCCCUCCCCUGGACCCCUCAACACCCCAGGCAACCCCGGCUCGGUGAUGAGCCCUGCGGGGGCCACGUCCCUCGAGGACCAGCAGUACAUGGAGAAGCUCAAACAGCUCUCCAAGUACAUCGAGCCCUUACGCAGGAUGAUCAACAAGAUCGACAAGAAUGAAGACAGGAAGAAGGACCUGAGUAAGAUGAAGAGUCUUCUGAACAUCCUGACGGACCCCAACACGAGGUGUCCUCUGAAGACUUUACAGAAGUGCGAGAUAGCCCUGGAGAAACUGAAAAACGACAUGGCUGUGCCCACACCACCCCCUCCGCCUGUGCCCUGCACCAAGCAACAGUACCUGUGCCAGCCCCUGCUGGAUGCCGUCAUGGCUAACAUCCGCUCGCCUGUCUUCAACCAUUCCCUGUACCGCACCUUCGCCCCCGCCAUGACUGCCAUCCACGGACCGCCCAUUACCGGGCCUAUUAUCGCGGCCCGGAAGAGGAAACACGAAGAGGACGACCGCCAGACCAUCCCCAACAUCCUGCAAGGGGAAGUGGCUCGCCUCAACUCCAAGUUCCUCGUCAGCCUCGACCCCUCGUUCUGCAGCAACAACGGCACCGUGCACCUCAUCUGCAAACUAGACGACAAGAACCUGCCCAGUGUGCCUCCCCUCCAGCUCAGCAUCCCGGCAGACUACCCCGACCAGAGUCCUCAGUGGGCCGAUGACGGACAGCAGUACGGGGCAAACUCUUUCCUUCAGAACGUCCACAAGUACAUGACGUCCAAGUUGCUGCAGCUUCCGGACAAGCACUCUGUGACGGCGCUGCUGAAUACCUGGGCACAGAGCGUGAGACAGGCCUGUCUGUCUGCGGCUUAGAGGCUCAACACAUACCCCCCCCCAGACUUUUUUCUUGAUGCCCUACCUUUACUGAACUGAACUGUAUAAACUGGACAUAGGAGUGGAAUUUGUCUGCACUCCAGGAGCAUUGGACCUUCUCUACCACAAGAGGGCGCUGUUGCAACAUGAACUGAUACGGAUACUGAAUUCGGUGUUCAUGAAUGGGAUAAACUGUUUGGAUUUGGGAGGAAAGGAAAAUGUGUAACGCAUAACUCAACACUUUUGCUGUGUAAAGCUUUGAAGUGUUUGUGUGUAUAUAUAUAUAAUCUUAAAGGAAUUUGUCUUUUGUUAUGAAUAAAUAAUUUUCUGUU